AUGGCAGGUCUCAUAGACGAAGAAUGCAGAACGAAUUUCCGCCAAAGUGUGUCUAUUCAUGUUGGAGUACGAACCAGGAAGAAGCUUUGCGAUGCGGAUACCUUCACAAACUGCAUCCAGGACGCUGCAAAAGAAAUACUCCUGGUCCAAAUGCCGUGGAAGAAAUUUGGCUUUGCAUCUGCGGAGACAAGAUCCACAUACAAUUCUGUAUGUGUCGCCCGCAGCACUGGCGAUUUGAACCAGGAAAAGCGUCUUAGAAGGAAGUUGCGUACAACUACAACAAGACCGCGAUAA